AAAGCCUGUGCCGCUGUCUCGGCGUUUGUCUGCAUACACAGUACACUACCGGUGCAGACGCUGGUCUCCUUCGGUUCGGACGACCAGAAGCGCCGAUACCUACCGAUUCUGGCCAACAAAAGUGCCGCGAGUUUUGCCAUCUCUGAGUCCGGCGCCGGUUCCGACGCCUUCGCCCUCCGGACCCGCGCUGUGAGGGAUGGCAACGAUUGGGUGCUCAACGGCGCCAAGUCGUGGAUCACUAACGCCAAAGAGUCGCAAGUAUUCGUGGUGUUCGCCAACGCCAACCCCGAGGCCGGCCAUCGCGGGAUCACCUGUUUUAUUGUCGAUCGCCACACACCGGGCCUAACGGUGGAGCGCCCGGAGAACAAGCUGGGCAUCCGGUGCUCGAGCACCUGUGCCCUCACACUGGACAACGUGAGGGUCGGCCCGGAACAAGUGGUGGGCGAAGUGGGCCAGGGAUACCGGUACGCGAUACAGACGCUGAACGUGGGCCGUAUCGGUAUCGCCGCCCAAAUGCUAGGUCUGGCCGAAGGGUGUUUCGCCGAAGCCGUGAAGUAUACGUUAGGCCGCCUGCAGUUCGGGCGCCGUAUUUUUGACUUCCAGGCACUUCAGCACCAGAUCUCUGCGGCGGCCACUGAUCUGGAGUCGGCCCGACUCUUGGUGUACAACGCGGCCAGACUUCGCGACGCGGGCCUACCCUUCGUGAAGGAGGCCUCGAUGGCCAAGUAUUACGCGGCCGAAGUGGCCACGAGAGUGACCAGUAAGUCAGUGGAGUGGUUGGGAGGCGUGGGCUUUACCCGUGACUUUCCCGUCGAGAAAUACUAUAGGGAUUGUAAGAUUGGCAAUAUAUAUGAGGGCACCUCUAAUAUACAGCUCAAUACGAUCGCCAAGUUUAUUGAUAGAGAGUACCAGUGA